CAACUCUCAUCAUUGCUGUCAACCAGGUCAGAAAAAAUGCCAAAGUUCAUAAGAUGAACUUCUCAGAAUAUUUGCUACGUGGUAUGGACCCCAAUGUAAAUGUUGUGUUGCUGGAGGACUUUGCUGCAGUUCUGGGUGUUGGAAUCGCUGGGACCUGCAUCAGUGUCUCAGCCUGGACUGGGUCUUCUUUCGCUGAUGCUCUUGGCUCUGCAUUGAUUGGGACACUCUUGGGAGCAGUUGCCGCAUUCAUUGUGCACCAGAAUGCAAUACAGCUUGUUGGCAGAUCAAUCCCUCAAGACGAGAGACAAGACAUUAGCCAGCUGCUAGAGACUGACAGAAUGAUCAGAUCUCUCCAUGAUAUUAAAGCCACUGAAAUGGGAGGUGUGGUUCGCUUCAAAGCCGAGGUUGAUUUUGAUGGCAGAGAAAUUACUAGAGCAUAUCUUUAUAAACAGGAUUUGGAUCUCCUGUUACUUGAGGCUCAAAAUUUGAAAACUGUAGAGGAGUUGGAACAGUUUAUGCUGAACCAUGGGGAAAAAAUUAUUGAUGCUCUUGGGGCAGAGGUGGAUAGAAUUGAGAAGUUACUCAAGGCCAAGCACCCAGAGAUUCGACAUGUUGAUCUUGAAGCAUUAUAA